AUGAGUGGCUGUCCAGACUUUACAAAACCUUGGAGUCCAGGUUCAGAGGAUGAGUGUGCAGCAUUCCUUAACAACAUUGUACUGAAGGUCUACUCUGCAUUACCCAGCAUGGCAACUGCCUCCUUGAGAUGGUGGACCACUGCCAACUCAGUUCGUUCAGUAGAAGACGGCGGUGGAAGACGGCGUCCCGACCUAGUCUUGAUGGGUGCUAGCUCUGACAACCCCACAAAUCCCAAAGCUCUUCCACCAGCAAAUUGGAGAAGUGUCCACGCACUGGCUGAGCUCAAGGACAGGGAGAAAAACUCAGUGCCCCUCCACGAGCAGAUUUUUCAGCUGAUGGGACGUGCAUUAUUUCUCAGAGCUGCACAAGAUCGCCAGCUCCAUAUCUCAGGCUUUGCUUUAUGUGGAGCAUCAUUCACUCUCUUUUACAUAGAUCAAGGUGGUUCCAUUGUAACAUCUGAAAUCGACGUCCAUCAGCAGCCACUGUUAUUCUUACAUGUUGUCUUGUGUUUUGCUCACAGCACAGACAUUUGCAUGGGGUAUGAUGCCAUGGCUAGCCCCACGCAUAUCAAGACAUCAGUGCUCGGUAAACUCAAAGUGCAUUGCAUUCUCUUUAUUAUGGACAGUAUUCAUGGACGUGGUACGGUUGUCCGUUGUGCCCAAGUCCCUGCCUUUGCCGACUUUGAUUCCCCUCAGUUUUCUGCCUUACUAGGCGUCAAUAUCAUCGUCAAAGAUACCUGGCAUGAUGUCCGUUGA